AUGUCAAUGAAGUUUCAAUUGAACCUCAGUACAUAUUUUUGUAAGGGAACCGGGAACUUUCUAAUCACGGCAGGUGACAGUGUGAGUGUGCACGAGUCGACGGUGUGCCGCGUUCUGCACAGGGUCGUCGCUACACCUUGCAGGCGCGUGAACAGCUUCAUCCGAUGGUCAACGGCUGAGGAACUAAGAGCAGCGCAGCAGGACUUUUACGAGUUGGCUGGAUUUCCUGGGGUCGUGGGAGACGGCACGCACGUCCCCAUCCAGGCACCGUCGGAACAGGAGGGAUCCUACGUCAACCGCAAGAACUACCAUUCGAUCAAUGUUCAACUGAUCGUAGCGGCUGACUGUAGGAUCUUGGAUGUGGCCGCCAACUGGCCAGGAAGCAUCCAUGACUCCCGGAUUCUGCGCGACAGCACCAUAGGCAGGGAGUUUGAACGUGGGGUCCACACUAGACUUCUCCUCGGGGACAGUGGUUACCCAUGCAAACGCUGGCUCAUGACUCCGUUCCUCCAGCCACGAGACAGGCCACAAGCGGAUUACAACACUUCGCAUUCGACAACGCGGGCUGUCGUUGAACGGACGAUUGGCCAGCUGAAGCGGCGGUUUCACUGCCUUCACUCUGAACUGCGUGUUGCAACCCGGCACUGCUGCCCCAUCAUCACGGCGUGCUGCGUGUUGCAUAACAUCGCCAAGCAGUUCGGCACUAAAGUGAGGGAGUGCCCCAGAGAUUCCGACGACGACGACCCUGUAAUGAUGCCUCGUUACGAGGGGCAGCAAGAUGGAUUCGUUUACACGAAUGCAAUCGUGCGGCAACACUUUACAUGA